AUGAAGGAGAUGAGAGAAGAGUUCGCGAGUGUGGGAGACUACGUGCUGCACCACAAGUUCAAGUAUCCCUUUGACAUUCAGGCCAACCUGCACCAAGGGAAAAAAUUCGUCAUCCCUCCCCCUGCCGAUGUUGAGAACGAUCGAUACGUGUGGGUGCUGAACGAUUUCCCCUACGCGCUCGGCGAUGAAAUCGAUCAUUACCUGCUAUGGUCCCUGCGGCCGUUCCCAGAGCCGAAGAUUGAAUCGAUAAUUCGGGAUCAUGUCGACUCGCGGGCCAUCGACUGCGUCUACUUCACCAACCCUCCCGUGCUGAGGAGCGUGCCCAACGUGAGCCAUGUCCACAUCAUGACCCACCCCCUAUCACCACCUCAUCUCGAGAUCUGA